CGUGGUCUGUUGUUUACUUCUUCCAGGAACGUUUUGGUUGGCCCAGCUGGAAGGGAGCAGGGGACGCUGGAAUUGUGAAACAGUUUUCCUGGAUAGAGUUACUCAGCAUUUAGGAGAAAAUAGAUUGAGUAUAGAGGCCGGAAAGAUGUCAGACUGAAAGCUUUUCCUCUUCCGAAGCAGUUUAAUCCUUAAAAAGAGAAGAAAAAAUAUCAUCUAGAAUGCUUCAGUUUGGAAAUCUCUUUGCCCAUUUUCACCUUCCUCACAAAGCUUCAGAAAGUGCUCAAAAACGAAGCUUAAAGCAGCUUCCAAGCCUUCCAGACUUUUUACAACAUGUCAUAAAACUCACCGGGCUGAGGAAGGAAGAUGUACACUGCGAUCUUCGUGUCCCUGACCAGCAUCAAGCCGCCAAAGACGACAUCAACAUGGUCAUCCUGACAGGUCGUGGGAUCUUCUGCAUGGAUGUUAAGCCCUGGAGUGGGACAGUGUGUGCUCACAACCAAAACUGGCAUGUGCAAGUUAAAGACAAAGACGAGAAUUUUUCCAAUACUCACAUUGAACAGGUUGAAGAUCCCCUCAAAGCUGUCAUGCGCAAAACGGUUCAAUUAUGCAGUCACUUGAAGAGGAGCGGAGUGCCUGUACGCAACAGUCUCUUCUUCUCCAGAGUCAUCUUUCUCUCCCCCGACCUCAAGCUGGAUGAGGAGCUGAUGAAGAGAAGGGAGCUGGUACCUUACAGCCAGAUAGAUGAGUUCCUCAAAUCUUUCAAAGAGGGCUAUAUGGGCUGGAUAUCUGAUGCUGUGACUCCCUCCUGGAUCUCAGGUCAUCUGUCGUACAGGCAGAUGGAGUCGGUGCGAGGUGUCCUCAGGAAGAUGGGAACGUGGGACCUGGUGCUUCUGCAUGGUGGUGAGCAACUGAAAGGAGACUACCAGGGCUGCCAGUACAUCGCGCUGGACCGCCAGGACACUGAAACGUUGGAGUUUUCCAGAGUCAAGACCCUCGCUGCUGAGUCAUUGUGGGCUUUGUUAGGCCACGUUCCUCAGGUAACUGUUAAAAUGUACAAACGAGGCCCUCACGGCUGGCUGGGUAAAUCCCUGAAUGCCACCGCCAUCAUCCCUUCCAACACCUUUGUGAUCUUCAGAGUUAGUGGUGAGGAAUCUGAUGCCAAAAUCCCAGCGAACACUAUUCACAGCAUCACACUCAGCAUAUGACACGGUGGAGACGAUCAAAGGAUUAAUGGAAGCUUUCUGAAUGAAUAACAUGCGUAUGCAAAAAAA